AUGCCCCUCGCUGCCGCCCCCACACUCAUCCAAGAUGUACUCCGUUGGAAUGUGGAAACCCGCCCACAAUCUCCCUUCUACGUCUUCGCGGAAGCUGAAUCAGCAGCCCCUGAGCGAAUAGUGACGAUAACGCAUCUCGAGUUUACGAGGGCCGCCCACCGUGCAGCGCGUCUCUUGGAGGGGGAAGAUGGACAGGUAGUGGCCGUCAUCGCGCAAUCAGACACUGCUGUUUACCAUGCAGUCGUUGCGGGACUCAUCACUGCUAACCUUAUCCCAUUUCCCAUUUCUCCACGCAACUCCCCAGCAGCCAUAGUCAACCUCCUCCGCAAGACGUCCUGUCGGCGGCUCGUUUCGACAUGCGUGACACUCGCGCCACUUUUACGCCAGAUCAACGACGAGCUUGAAUCAGAAUAUGGGCUGGUGGUCGAGGAGAUGCCGCUGCUGAGUCUGAUUUACCCCCAUCUCGGCCAUGAAACGGAGCAACACGAAUUCGAGGAGUAUCCACGACCACAGAAAACGCCAAGUUUGGACGAUGUGUGCUUGUACUUGCACUCUUCUGGGAGCACUGGCAUGCCUAAGGCCAUUCCAGAAACGCACCGAGGUCUGAUGCAGUGGACUCGUUUGGGCACCGGCAACGAUAUCCGGGAACACAUUCCACAUCCGAUAGCUGCGAUGCCCAUACCUACCUUCCAUAUGGGCGGCAUCUUCGUCCAGUUCCUCAACCCCAUCUACAAUGGUGUCGCAAUUGCGCUGUACCCGCCGACAGCCACGACCCCAGAUGCCCUUCCCAUUUUCCCGUCGCCUAAUUCAGUUCUCGAGCAUUCCAUCAGGACAAAAUGUCGCUCCAUGAUUACCAUACCGGCAUUACUCUCCGGCCUCGCUCAUUCCCCCGAGGCGGUUGAGUUUCUUAGCACACUUGGGCUAGUCGCGUAUUCAGGCGGGUCGCUGCCAGACUCGCUAGGCAAGAAUCUCGUCAAUGCUGGUGUCAAACUGGUCAACCUCUAUGGGGGCACAGAGUUUGGUGCAGUUUCAUACGCCAUUCCUUUGGAGGGCGACGAGAGGGAGUGGGAAUAUUGUCGGUUCGUAGAGGGAGUAAAUGUGCGAUGGGAGCCGCAGGGAGAUGGGACAUUUGAGUGCCAAUUUCUCCAUUCGGACUCACAUACCGUUGCCAUCGAGAAUUUAGACGAUGUCAGGGGCUACGCGACCAACGACCUUUGGAUGCCGCAUUCAGAAAAGAAGUACCUAUGGAGAAUGGUUGGGCGGAUAGACGAUGUGAUUGUUCACUCGUCUGGAGAGAAGACUGUGCCAGCGCCGAUAGAAGAUGUCGUCUCGGGAAGCCCUCUCGUUUCCGGGGUCGUGAUGUUUGGCUGGAAACGCGACGAGGCCGGGAUCCUGAUUGAAACGAUUCCCAGCGCACAGAUUGACGUGCAUAGCGAGGAGGCAGUUACGCAACUACGCCACCAGCUCUGGCCGAUAAUAGAACAGGCGAACCAACAUGCGCCUGCUUUCAGCCGAAUAUUUAAGGAGAUGAUCCUAUUCACUUCUGCUAACAAGCCUUUACCCCGGACGGGCAAGCGAACCGUCAUGCGCAAAUUAGCUUUGAAGGAAUAUGCGGAGGAGAUCGACGCCUUAUAUAGAUUGGUCGGGGAGAAGGCGGUCAGCGUCAAGCUGCCAGAAUCGUGGGAGGUGGAGAAACUGAAGGUCUGGCUAACUGAGCUGGUCUGUGAACUACUUAAAACCGAGCAAAUAUCGCCGGAGCUAGACUUAUUCCACCAAGGUUUUGAUAGUUUGAGCGCCACUUUCCUCAGAAUCCGUAUCGUUGCCGCCAUUAGGUCUGCCAAGAUCACCAAAAGCACAGUCGACGUCCACCAAAAUCUCAUCUACACCUACCCAACUAUCUCUCUAUUGGCCACCUUCCUAAGCAGCCUUGUCUUUGGACGAAGCAAGGGCGACAUGACAGAGCCACAAGAGUUCAUCGACGCCUUCAUCGCAAAAUAUGCCGGCAACUUCCCUGUCCCUGUAACUACCUCGCCGACACGGCGACAGGACGACACGGAUGUCGUUCUUCUGACCGGAUCAACGGGGAAUUUGGGGUCAGAACUUUUAGCUGCAUUGUUGCAGAGCGAACGGAUUUCCCGGCGUAGUCUGGAUGUUGGGCUGUUAGAAUCACCAAAGCUCGUAUUUGUCGAUGGGGCGACAGACAGGGAGCAGCUUGGGCUGAGCGAUGAGCGAUAUGCUGAGCUGCAAUCUUCGGUUACACUCAUCAUACAUAAUGCGUGGAGACUCGACUUCAACCUCUCCAUCGUGUCUUUUGAGCCACACAUAAUUGGCACGAGGCGGCUGGUGGAGUUGGCGCUGUCGAGUGUGCAGCAGCCAAGGAUUGUGUUUACGUCGUCGAUUGCGUCGGCGAUGAGCUGGAAUCCGUCACGGGGUCCAUGUCCGGAGGAAUUUCUAAGCAGUGAUGGGGUCGCUGUUGGAACGACUGGGUAUGGGCAGAGCAAGCUUGUCACGGAACAGAUUCUGGCACGAAGUGGUUUGUCAGCUUCCUGUCUUCGAAUUGGGCAAGUCUGUGGCUCGCUGCCGACCGGCGCAUGGGCUGUCAGUGACUGGGUACCAAUCCUCGUUAAGACGAGUGUGACAUUAGGGUGUCUGCCGCUGGCGCCAGGAUUGGUAUCAUGGAUCGACUUCGACACCAUUCGCGAUGCGAUAUUGGACGUCGCCUUCAACCACAAUUCUGAGGCCACGGUUUUCAAUGCGGUACACCCACGUCCCGUGUCGUGGGACUUCGUUAUCACUGCCCUGAGGGAUGCCUUGGUAGAGGAGAGAAAUACGACCCUAGAGCUGGUUGACUUCGCAGACUGGUUUGCACGCCUGGAGGUUGCGGCGCUUGACGCGAGCGGGGAGUCUCUGCCUGGCCUUAAACUGCUCGACUUUUUCCACUACCUAUCCACUGCGGCGGCGACGACGACGGCUAACCCCGAGUUUGGGUCAAUCGCCUUCAAGAUGGACAAGCUGCAGGCUAUUAGCCAGGCGGUGAGGCUUGUGGAGCCGAUAUCGGCGGAACAGGUCCGGGCGUGGGUGAGGUAUUGGGCCGCCGCCGGGUUGCUGUAG